AUGCAAACCGCGAGGAUUCGAGAGGAGCUAGAUGAGCACGAGUUUGUAUUUAUCGAUGGUGCGGUUGCCACCACGCCAAGUGAAGGCGCUGCAGUGGUAACUAACGAGUUCUAUGGGUAUAUCCCGAACACCACGAACGACGUGGGUCAGUACAGUGACCUGGUGGUGGGAUUAGUGGAGUACGUCCGCAGCCAGGGGCCGUUCGACGGAGUGAUGGGAUUUUCGGAGGGCGGGAUGAUGGCAGCUCUGCUACUGAUUGAAGACGCCAGGAAUUCCUUUGCGGGAUUUAAAUGUGGUAUCUUCUUUAGUGCUGCUGUUCCUUUCGACCCGGAUGUCGUCCGUACCAGACACCUGCGUUGUAUUGAUCCAACCAUUGACGGGGUGGUGGUCCAUGUGCCUACGGCGGUUAUAGUUGAGAAGAAUUUUGCUCGACUACGGCAUCUUUCGCCACUGGAUAAAUUGUGGCCCGAUGAUGAGGAGGCCUUGGUCUCGAUUUGUGCGGAGGCCUCGCGCGAGGUGGUUCGGCAUGAUCUGGGCCACCACGUUCCCGGGUCCGCGUCAACGACGGAGGGGUUGACAGCAACCUUACAAGCCAUUGAACGGACGAUUGAGCGGGCCAGUGAGCUGUACAGCUAG